CUCCUCUCUCUCUCUCUCUCUCUCGUGUCCUCCAGGUUUCACAGCGAAGCAGAUAGAUAAAGCCUAAAGGUGCGUUCUUUCCCUUUCUUUCCCUUUUGGAUCCCCGAAUCUAGAGCUCUUGAGGCGUCUCCUGGUAAAUCCGCUAAAUUGAGGCCUUCGAUAUCAUCUUUAACACUGAACUCCGAAGUUUUCCUUUGCAGUUCAGCUGUUACUUGGUUUUGCAACUAUGGAGAGCAUGCAAAGCUUUUGGCAGUUGUCCUCUGAGCUUCGUGGACAAUCAAAAGCAUCAGAGGAUCACAAAUGGUCAAUGGUUGCUUCUAAAUUGGCUGAGCAGACCAGGUCAAAGGGUGAGCGCAUGAAUAACCUCGAUCUCUCCAAUGGCCCAGCUGAAAUAAGAACAAGGGAGAAAGUUGGGUUCCAGGAAGAUAACAAAUUUGAAAGCCUCAACUUCAAUAUGUUGAAUUUGGACUCUAAAUUAACUGAGAAUGGGAGCAAAAGUUCUUUCAGGAAUGGUAUGUUCAAUAUGAAUGCAGUGUACCAGAAAAACAAUGCAAACCUUGUGGGAAACCUGAUGGCUACCAAGUAUAAUGGCAAUAACCACAGCAAUAAAGCUUCCAAUGACAAUGGCAACAACAACAACAACAGCAAUAUCAACGAAAAUGCAACCACCAACAAUGCAGUUGACAAAAGGUUCAAGACCUUGCCAGCGACAGAGACCCUCCCACGGAAUGAGGUGCUGGGAGGAUACAUCUUUGUGUGUAAUAAUGACACAAUGCAGGAAGAUUUGAAGCGACAGCUAUUUGGUUUACCUCCAAGGUAUCGCGAUUCUGUACGGGCAAUUACCCCAGGCUUACCUCUCUUUCUUUAUAAUUAUACUACCCACCAAUUGCAUGGAAUCUUUGAGGCAACAACUUUUGGGGGGUCUAACAUUGAUCCAACUGCUUGGGAAGAUAAGAAAUGUAAAGGCGAAUCUAGGUUUCCUGCUCAGGUAAGAAUCCGUGUUAGGAAAGUCUACAAGGCUUUGGAAGAAGAUGCCUUUAGGCCAGUCUUGCAUCACUAUGAUGGUCCCAAAUUUCGUCUUGAGCUCUCAGUUCCAGAGACCCUGGAUCUGUUAGACCUCUGUGAACAAGCAGGCUCAGCAGCAUAAGCAAAAAUGCGAGCAGAGAGAGUUCUGCAAUGUGGUUAGGUUUUGUGGUGCAUGUAAGCUGUGUGCUUUUUUCACAGAUAUUCCAUAGAGCGUAAGCUUGGGGAGGCAAGUCUGGUUGGGCAAAAUGUGCUUGAAAAAAGUAGGGUAACGUGUGCGAGCUAGCUGAAUAAAAGGUGUUGUAUCUGGUGAAGAUAGUUGUUCUCAUGUUGUUGCAUAACUUGGAUAGCAUUAUAAUGUAGACAAAGGUGCAAGAUGUAAGAGUGAUCGAACUUGUGUGUGUACUGUGUAAUGGUAAAAGUCCUCUAAAUAAGAAGGGCUUUGAUGUGUUUGCCAUUUCUGCCUGUAAGUUGUGAACAGAAUUCCCAAAAAUCAGCUUCUGUUGUCUUUGUUAAAAAAGAAAAUAGCCCAUAGCAUUAUUAUAUCAA